AUGCCGAGCGGGAAAUCGGCGCCGGCGACCUCGCCGUGCGCCGUGCCGGGCCUGGCUUUGGGGAUGGGCGGCGAGGGGCUCUUCGUGGCGCUGGGCGCGGGGCUCGCCGCCCUCAGCCACCCGCUGCUCUACGUCAAGCUGCUCGUGCAGGUUGGCCAUGAGCCGCUACCUCCAACGGUCGGAAGAAACGUGCUGGGGAGGAAAGUACUGUACCUGCCUGGCUUCUUCACUUACGCCAGGCACAUUGUGGAAGUGGAUGGGAAGAAAGGUCUCUUCCGUGGUCUUACUCCUCGGCUCGUCUCAAGCACUUUAUCCACCAUCACCAGAGGGAGCGUGAAGAAGGCCUUUCCACUGGAGGACAUGGAGCACGUUUCCAACAAGGAUGAUGUGAAGACUUCCCUUAGGAAAGUGGUGAAAGAGACCUCUCACGAGAUGAUGAUGCAGUGUGCAUCCCGGGUCGUCUCACAUCCCCUGCACGUAAUCUCUAUGCGCUGCAUGGUCCAGUUCAUAGGCCGGGAAGUCAAAUACAGCGGAGUGUUCAGCGCCAUCGGCAGGAUAUUGAAGGAAGAAGGGAUCCUGGGAUUCUUUGUCGGCUUGGUCCCUCACAUCCUGGGGGAUGUCAUCUUCCUGUGGUGCUGCAACCUCUUGGCACACUUCAUCAACACGUACGCGGUGGACGAUAACUUCAGUCAGGCAUCGGUGAUCCGGAGCUACACGAAGUUCGUGAUGGGGAUUGCUGUGAGCAUGCUGACGUACCCCUUCCUUCUUGUGGGAGAUCUCAUGGCGGUGAACAACUGCGGGUUGCGAGCUGGCCUCCCUCCCUACGCUCCCGCCUUCACAUCCUGGAUCCACUGCUGGAGAUAUCUCAGGGAGCAGGGCCAGCUGUUCCGCGGUUCCAGCCUGCUCUUCCGCAGAGCGCCCGCGUCCUGCUUCCCCAUCGAUUAACUCCCCCGGCUCCUGGGGAGGAGUGAUGAACUUGGACUCACCAAGAAACUCCAAGCUUGUUUUGAUAUAUACGUACCGUUCCUUUCCAGUCCGAAGUCCACAGUACCAGAACAAGCCGCCUCGUCUCCAGCGAGGCCAGUGACAAACUGGCCUGCAGCAGGCUGGUUUCAGCCUCUCGCUGGGCCAAAACACCUUCUUUGCAGCCAACUCAACCAUGAUGAAAACCAUGAUGAUGCAGAAAAAGUAGAAGGUAGUUGGCUCUUUGGUUCACGCUGCUGGAGAUACUAGAGCAGCCUGUUUUUAAAGCAGAAAAUGCCCAGGUACUAAACAAAUCAACCCCAAAGCAUUUGCUGAGACCCAGUGCAYGGACAAAAGACUGCUUUGUUCUGCCCACACUGAGAAGAGGCAAAAGAUCCAAUGUUGCUUUGCUGGGAAAGCCAUGCUAAUACAUCUCCCAUUGCAUCCCUUCUGGGCACACAUUUGUGUGACUGGGAGCUCAUUCCAGGUGAGAACAACCCUGGGAUCCAUACCUAAGUGUUUUGUGAGUACCUGAGGACUAGGGAACACACCACCUCCUCUGAAUGUGAAAGGAAAGUGAUAUCAGAACAGAUAAAGGAAAGAGCAUCCUACAGAGACAGAUAAGUUUUGUCUCCAAGACAGUGUUGGGACUUGAACAGAAGUGAGGGCAGCACUUGAAAGGAUGUGCACUGCACGCUGACUGCUCCAGGGCAGCCUUUGGCAAUGGUCUGGCUCAAUGGGAUCAGCUGCAUCGAAGAUUUUAACUGAGGGUGCUCAGUCCUGCUGGGUGCAACGCAGAUGAGCAGGGUGUGCACAUCCCUGAGGGCGAGGCAGGUCUGAGCAUCACCCGAUGGACAAGGAGCCGUGCAAUAUUGCGCAGGGUCUCUUCCUGCUGAACACUAGGAAGCAAGAGAACUCACCUUGCAAUACAGACAUUAGGUCUGUUACUGUCUGGAAUGAAGGAUUAAAUGCGUAGCUGGCCGAAGACUUGAGAGGCAUCAGGAUUAGGGGCUAUUCACACAUGCAAGGAUUGAAGAUGCUCAGAUGUGGUUGGGCCUUUGCAUAGCAGAGCCCACCCACAACAGCGGGACAGAAUUUAUCCUCAGCUCCCCAGACAACAGUUUUUGCACCAGCUUGUGCUGUUACUGCAGCCAGGCAGACUUCCCCCAUUUCAGUUCCCCUCUUGCUCCACAAAGCAGUCUUUUGCAUCCAGUUCAGCAUGUGCUGCACUUCUGUCACUGGACUCAGGAGGAGCUUUCGGGGACCGAGUUCCCACGYGCUGCUAACACAGGCUGACGUCCUGCCCUGCAGCCCCAGGGCAUUUCCCAGGUCUCUGUCCUGCUCCCUGGGUGGCUUCUUGAUACCUGCACACAUUUGGGAGGUAGCUGGGGCCACAUCUCAUGUUCUUCAGGGAUGCAGCCUGCUGUUGCUCAGGCGCUUUCCUCUAACAGAUGGGCUCAAUCUGCAUCUCCAGGCAAGGUCCAAGAGACCGUAACAGGAUUUGUGUGUGCUGGGA